AGCCAAAGGUCAGCCAAUCAUAUGGGCGGAAGUUUAACGUUGCGGUAAUCCGGUUCAGACGUGACAAGUGCGGCCGAGAGAAGCUGAACUCAGUCCUAAUUUUCUGCCCUGUAGCCUCUAAAAACUACACUCUGCACUGUCUCACCACCGAGCUGGACGUGUGUGCAUAAUGCCAUGGUGGACUGAUAUGUGUUACGACGAGAAGCUUUUGUACAGCGGGAGAAUUGUUCCUUUGUAAGCUAGUUUGGUCCGUGAGUUAGUAACGUUACUGAUGUUGUGCUCGGGGCUGGAUGAGCAGCGAGUAGCCUGACGCGUCCUCUCCACAGGCCGGGACGAGCCUUUCAGCUAAGCCCGGAGGACCAAGACACCCAAAUGGGAGCAAGGGAAGCCUCUCGAAGCCUCUGGUAAUAACCGGGUACUUGGAUACAGUUAGCCUGCCUCAAAGUGCCUCACCAAUUCCUGUUUAAAGUGAGACCCAACCAGCCUUCACGGUGGAAACGAGAAGAAGAGCAAAGAUGAAUGCUGUGCGGGGGGGCACAGUCACCUGGCGUCCCCAGCCGUGGCAGGAUGGGAACGGGGGAGGAGGAGAACCUCUGUCAGACAGCGACUCAGAGGAGGAGGACUUCCCUGAUGACAGCACCACACCGUUGGGAGACUACAUCACACAUGGAUUGAAGCAGCUCCUGGAUGCUCAGCAGCUGUGUGAUGUUACUCUACUUGUUGAGGGAAAGAAGUUCAUGUGUCACAGAGUUCUCUUAGCAGCCGUGAGCCCGUACUUUCGGGCCAUGUUCACCAGCCCUCUGGUUGAGUCCCGCCUCACUGAGAUCCGACUGGAGGAAGUGACGCCGUCUGUCAUGGAGACUGUCAUCCAGUUUGUGUACACCGGUGAGGCGGGGCUCUCUCUGGACACAGCUGAGGAUCUGUUUGUGGCCGCCAACCGGCUUCAGGUCAUGCCCCUUCAAGAUCUGUGCUCCAGGUUUCUCUUUGAGCACCUCUCAGUGGAUAACUGCUUGGGGAUGUACUCUCUGGCUCGCUCUCACCACGACCAGCUUCUGCUGCGUGCCUCCCUGCGGCUGGUAGCCCAGCACUUCCCCCGUGUGGCCCGGCAGAAAGACUUCCUCCUGCUGGACCACGGCACCUUAGGCAGCCUCCUGAGCUCUGACCGUCUGGGGGUGGACUCCGAAGCGGAGGUUUACGACGCGGCACGCCGCUGGGCAGAGCACCAGCCCUUGGAUCGAUACGCCCACAUGCCGGCGCUUCUUCACCACCUGCGGCCGGGGCUGCUGUCCCAGGAAGAGAGCCGAAGACUGAGCCAGGAGUUGGGGCCCGCUGCAGCUGGCGAGGGCCUUGGGGGGCCUCUGAGACCACGAGAGGGCAUGUUUGAGAAAAAGAUCGUCUGUGUGGACCUGACACCUCGGGAAGAUGAGAAUUUAGCAACAAGAGACUACACAGUGGACUGUUUUGAUCCUCGGACAGGAAAGUGGGAGAAGUUAGCAGCGCUGGGUUCACUGGUCAGUCCCGGCUGUACGGCUGUAGGUGACCGGCUGUUUGUAGCAGGUGGGAUCCUGCGGACAGGCUCUGUGUCUGCAGCCGUGCAUGAAUAUGAUGCAGUGUUGGACCGCUGGAUAGAGCGGCCUUCGAUGGUCCAGCCCCGGGCUAUGCUAGGCCUUCUAGGCUGUGGAGAGUCACUCUAUGCCUUGGGUGGUAGUAACCGCUCAGCUCUGCUGGACUCCAGUGAGACCCUGGAGCUGACUACACUUCAGUGGGCUCCGGGGCCUCGGUUACCGCUCCCUCUGCGCGCCUUCGCCUGCUCAGCGUUACGUGGACGGCUUUACCUUCUGGGUGGAACCACUCUUGAACAGAACCGGGCUGUGGUCCACUCGGGGGUGCUUAUUUAUCACACCCUAACAGACUGCUGGACACGUGUGGCUCUGGACUCUGGCGCCACCUGCCUUGCUGGAGGAGUAGCAGUGCGUGGAGGAGUCUGUGCCAUUGGGGGAUACAUGAGGGAUACCACUAAGUUCCUGGAUGGAAACUACACCAAUCUGGAGACUUUAGACGCCACUGGGCGUGUACUGUUUUUCAGAGAGGGCAGGGGGUCGGGAGUAGAGAGGGAGGUGACUGGGGGAGGGGUGAUGGUCACCGCGGAGCAGCGGGGGGGUGCAGGUGGUGGGAGUGACCGAGCCCCAAGCCCUGUGGUAUUUCCUGGGCUGCCGCGGCGGAUUGCAGCUGGGGGUGUGGCCAGGUGGAAACGCAGGAUUUAUGUGCUGGGUGGGGAAAACGGCUCCCGGUUCUAUGACAGUGUAUACUGUUGGAAGCCCGGCUGGCGCAGCUGGGUCCAGAGACGUGAGAAACUCCCUGGAGACACUGGAGGGGUGAGCCAGUUUGGGUGUACCACUUUAAAGUUCCCUAAGAAACAUAUCCUGUGCAGACUGAGACUAGCCAAAGAAAACUGCAAGAAGGCCGCUGACUAGCUUGAUAGAGAGCAAUAUGACUGAAGUAGAGGCAGCUGUUCAUGUGACACAGAGAUGAGCUUCAGGAUGGGUUUGAAUUUGCUUUUCCUUGACCUCAUCAAAUGUUGGUGUUGAGAUGAAGUCCCAAGGAAGAGACCAUUUUAUACUAUCUGAGUGCAGCCACAGAACAGGCCUAUAAUGGACUGGAUGCAAACAGAUCUUAUGAAACUUAUUAGGGAUAGUCAAAUGUCCAGGCAGAGAGCAAGUGGAGCCAGAAACUGGUAAAAUGUCAGGCAACAUGCACCUGAAUGUAACCUAAUCCAUUAUUUGUCAGAACAGUAAAGUCCUUUGAGAGAGAAAAGAGCCUGUUUAAUUGUUUUCAUGAAGUAUAAUAUUAUUUUCAGCUGUUUGCUGGUUUAAUAUUUUUAUGGCUGCUUUUGGAAACCAUUUCAGUGCUGUGAAUUUCUCAGCAGCGUUUAGUUUAGACACAAGGAUACCGGCACAUUUCUGACCAUGUUAUGUUCCAUUUUAUUUGCCUAAACCUUGUUUCUUGUCUAAUGUGGGCCUGCAAAGCCCUUUUAAAAACUGCAAUUUAAGGGCUAUACCAAUAAACUUGACUUGAGUAGAAACAUAUCACAGGAAACACACAUUUUUCAUAAAACUACUUGCAUGUAGACAGUUUUUACUUAUAUCAUCAGUUAUUUGGUUUUUAACUGACUAUGGUAAAAUAGAAGCAAAAAAUGUGUCCCAAUGUCUUGGGACUAGUCAUCUCUAGAUUUAACUCUUGCAAGGUCUCACUAGACAGGCAGUCAGAUCCCUCCAACUGGUCCUAAAUAUGGCAGCCCAUGUGUUAAACAUAGACCAGAUAGUGUCUUUUUCCUUGGUAGAAACUGUGCUUAUGUUCGGUGUUCUUAAAUGCUCAUAUAAAGGUCCUGCCUCAAAGAAGUGGAACAUAGCAGUGGGAGAAAUGUGCAGACAAGGCUGGAUAAUACGCAAAAAAAUAAAGAUGACAGCCAGAACACCAUCUUCAGCAUCAAUAUACUGUAUAUGACAAUGUGUUCUUUAAGUAUAGAAACUCUAUCGUCAAAGGGAUGUGGUAGAUGUUCAUGACAGUGUGAUGCAAAGAAAAACUUGAACUGUCCUUGUCAGCUAGCAUUCUGAAGUAUUUAGACAGGAGGUAAAUGUUUGUGAAGACGGCCCACAGUGUCCUUGUGUCCAGACAGCCACUCUGGCCAACACCUUUCCUAAAACCUUCCAACCAGGUGAACAGUUGUCUUUACUUGAUUCAGCAGUCGUGUCAAAACUGCAUUUGAAUGUGUAUGGCACGGAGGUUAUGGAUUAUCUGAACACAUUAGCACUGUACCUAAUUUAUUGAAAUGUAAGGUUUUUGUUGUUGUUUUGAAAUGGUAACUUUUGCGCCGACUGCUGUGCCCGGGCUCCCUGUAGGAUUACAGGGACUACAAGUUUACACAGAGCUGUCGAACAUGAGCAGAUGUGUUUAGAUCUGAAAGUGAUUGUGGGUUUUAAAGUCAAUUCUUAAAUUCAGAUUUUUAUGAAAGGUCAGAAAGUUUUCCCAGAAAUGUAAGCAUGUUGUUUUGCUGUAAGCCACUAUGUUUUCUCUGAUCUUUUUUUCUUCUGUUUUCCCCUCUUAUUUAUUCAAAUUGAUCAAAUCCAGAUACCUCUGCAGAAGAUAUGUGUACAUGAAAAACACUGCCAGCUGUGUCUGAAAAGGGCAGAAUUCUACCAGUGUUGUGUUCAGAUUGCAAACUACCAAGCAGAAAUAUAAACGGGGAUCAUAUUAGAAAUGUGUUUAGAACUCCCACCAUCACAGAAUCUGGAGUUAAUAAUUUUGCCAUUGUGGAGGCACUCUAAUUCAUGAAACUGAAGGCGUAAUGUCUUAGUGAUUAGAGAAAAUCACUGAAAGAUUUUCAGAAAGGGUUUCAAAUGACAAAAUGCAGCAGGGAAUUAUUUUUGGAGUUAAUUCACUCAGAACUUGGCGCUCACCAUCUAUCAAAGUUUUCAAUACUGCAGGCCAGAUAUUAGUUUUCAGACGUAACUUUAGGUCGGUGAACAACAUUGAUACAGUUUCGAUACUGUAAAUACAUUAUCAGCCUAAAACAGGAAAUUAGGAUGGAGACAGGAUGUACUUCUGUAAUUGCAAAAUAGUUGUUUUGUUUUCAACUCUUACUACUGAGAUAAGACAAAGUGUGACUCUGUACAGGGUCCAAGACCUGCUAAGUGGAUUUCUUUGACUUUACUGAAGCAGUAAAUAAAUGGCAGUCUGAAUUUAAACCUGUUAAAAAGUAUGAAUUUGGUGAGAAGAAGAGAAGCUUUUUCACACAACGUAACUGUAAAACAGACCACUGAAGCCAAAUUCAUUCUUGAGAACAGAAUAGUGGAACUUCCCCAAUUCCCCAGCUACAGUAACGGCAGAAGUUUAACACCACAGCCAGUUUAUUAUUAUUUCUAGCGAGUAGUCCUCAGUGACACAGCUGCCACUUAGUAGCUUGAUUAUCACAUUGUGAUCUCUAAUCUCGAAGUCUUUUUAAAUGCAUAAUACAUUGCAUACUUUUAGUCCCCUAUAUGCAAUAACGCAUCAAAUCAAUCAAUAUUUUCGUCACCCAACUCCCUAUAAUACGGUUCUUGAUCAGUAGUGGUGUAUUGAUCUGUCAUCACUUGUGCUCUUGUACCUUUCUCUUUGCCAGUGGCAUUAGCAGACACAGCAGGGAGGAGUCGGGGUUAGAUGGAGGGGCUCUGUGUUCUCCUUCUGGUGAGUCAGUGAUUUUAAAAGAACAUAAUUAUCUCCAAGUCCUGGGGCUGCACUCUUGUACAGAGACAGUGACUGGCUCAGUUUAUGAAUCGUAAAGGGGAUAGGUGAUCUGAUAUUGUAAGAUCUCGUGCCAGUUGAAUAUGACAUGAAUCUGAUCAAAAUGCAUUAAAAGGAUAAGAAGCAAGAAUCCUUAAUCGGUAGGGUUUUUGAACUUUUCAUGCGUAUGUUCGCUAGUCAAACACACAACAAAUAAGUCAUUUUAGUUGCUUAAGAGAUGUGAGCUACAAAAAGUCACGUCACAGUGUCGGUUUCAUUUUAAAUAACAUGCUCUGAAUUAUUUUCACCUUGUCAGAUGAAUCGAUUUUCUUUCCCCCCGUGUGCUUACAGCUUGUAUGACAUGUGAAAAGUGAUCGUGUACGCGCAUGCAUGUUUUCUAUGCCAAGGCGUAAAUCUGUUCAGCACAAGCUCUUUGCACGCGUCCACACCCACGUACUGUGUGUCCACUCAGAGGAGGGAAGCUGCCCUCACUUGUACGAUCUAAUGAAGUUUGUGAACUGAAAGGCAAAUGGAUGUUUUGAUGAAAGCAGUGCUCUAUAAUGAUUAAAGGACUAUUUGCUUA